CCGCGGCCCCUCCUGCGCCCAGGCGUUGUUUUCGUCUCCUGGAUGAUGAGGUGCGUAAAGAGGCGCCAACGCAUCGCACCGGGCUGAGGAGGUGGCUGAUGAGCAGACCAGACAAACAGCUCCUCUCUCCGAGACAUCCGCACAAGCGUCUCAGAGCCGGAGAGAUACCAUGAAGGAGACGCACGGCAGAUGGAGGAGUAAAGAUUCACCUGCAGAGCACUGAGUGAAGACGCAGCAUGGCGGGGGGUCGGAGGGGACUUGUGGCCCCUCAGAAUACUUUUUUGGAGAAUAUUGUCAGACGGUCGAACGAUACCAACUUUGUCCUGGGAAACGCCCAGAUAGUCGACUGGCCCAUCGUCUACAGCAACGAUGGCUUCUGCAAGUUGUCGGGGUACCACAGAGCAGAGGUGAUGCAGAAAAGCAGCACCUGCAGCUUCAUGUACGGGGAGCUCACGGACAAGGACACGACGGAAAAAGUGCGACUAACGUUCGAGAAUUAUGAGAUGAACUCGUUUGAAAUACUGAUGUACAAGAAGAACAGGACGCCUGUUUGGUUUUUUGUGAAGAUUGCUCCUAUACGAAAUGAACAAGAGAAGGUGGUCCUGUUUCUUUGCACGUUCAGUGACAUCACAGCCUUUAAACAACCCAUUGAAGACGAUUCGUCCAAAGGCUGGGGAAAGUUUGCCCGACUGACUCGAGCUCUGACAAGCAGUAGAGGAGUCUUACAACAGCUGCAGCCCACAGUUCACAAAGGAGAGAAUGUCCACAAGCACUCCCGCUUAGCUGAGGUCCUGCAGCUCGGCUCAGAUAUCCUACCUCAGUACAAACAGGAGACCCCCAAAACCCCUCCCCACAUCAUCCUGCACUACUGCCUCUUCAAGACCACGUGGGACUGGGUCAUCCUCAUCCUCACCUUCUACACCGCCAUCAUGGUGCCCUACAACGUCUCUUUCAAGACCAAGCAGAACAACGUGACGUGGCUGGUGGUGGACAGCAUCGUGGACGUCAUCUUCCUGGUGGACAUCGUUUUAAACUUCCACACCACCUUCGUCGGACCCGCCGGUGAGGUCAUCUCAGACCCCAAGCUGAUCCGUAUGAACUACCUGAAGACCUGGUUCGUUAUCGACCUGCUGUCCUGCCUGCCGUAUGACGUCAUCAACGCCUUCGAGAAUGUAGAUGAGGGGAUCAGCAGUCUGUUCAGCUCGCUGAAAGUAGUCCGGCUUCUCCGUCUGGGUCGGGUGGCCCGUAAACUGGAUCACUACAUCGAGUACGGGGCAGCUGUCCUGGUCCUGCUGGUGUGUGUUUUUGGACUGGCUGCUCACUGGCUGGCCUGCAUUUGGUUCAGCAUCGGUGAUUACGAGGUUAUCGACGAGGAAACCAACCUUGUGCGCAUGGACAGCUGGCUCUACAUCCUGGCAGAGACGGUGGGCACGCCGUACCGCUUCAACGCCAGCGGUUCAGGGAAGUGGGAAGGCGGCCCAAACAAAGACUCGGUCUACAUCACUUCGCUGUACUUCACCAUGACCAGCCUGACGAGCAUCGGCUUCGGCAACAUCGCCCCCACGACAGACGGGGAGAAAAUCUUUGCAGUGGCCAUGAUGAUGAUUGGAUCCCUUCUUUACGCCACCAUCUUCGGUAACGUGACGACAAUCUUCCAGCAGAUGUACGCCAACACCAAUCGUUACCAUGAGAUGAUUAACAGCGUCCGGGACUUCCUCAAGCUCUACCAGGUGCCCAAGGGCUUGAGUGAAAGAGUUAUGGAUUACAUUGCCUCCACAUGGUCCAUGUCUCGGGGUAUAGACACUGAAAAGGUGUUGCAGAUUUGUCCAAAGGAUAUGAGAGCAGAUAUUUGUGUCCAUCUCAACCGGAAGGUGUUCAAAGAGCACCCUGCUUUCCGGCUGGCCAGCGAUGGGUGUCUCAGAGCGCUGGCAAUGGAGUUUCAGACCAUCCACUGCGCCCCUGGCGACCUGAUCUACCACGCUGGCGAAAGUGUGGACAGCCUCUGCUUUGUGGUGUCGGGAUCACUGGAGGUCAUUCAGGAUGACGAGGUGGUGGCCAUUUUAGGUAAAGGUGACGUAUUUGGGGAUGUUUUCUGGAAGGAGGUGACUCUCGCUCAAGCCUGCGCUAACGUCCGAGCUCUGACCUACUGCGACCUCCACGUCAUCAAGCGCGACGCCCUGCAGAAGGUGCUGGAGUUCUACACAGCGUUUUCCAACCACUUCUCAAGAAACUUGCUGCUCACUUACAACCUGCGAAAGAGGAUCGUGUUCCGAAAGAUCAGUGAUGUGAAACGAGAGGAAGAGGAGCGACAGAGACGUAAGAAUGAAGCCCCUCUGAACUUGCCACCAGAUCACCCGGUACGAAAACUCUUCCAACGCUUCCGACAGCAGAAGGAAGCCCGCCUGGUGACUGACAAGCCAGAACUAGAUGAUCGUGAUGUUGAGAAGGGCCCUUUGUACGUCGACAUCAUGAUAGGUAAAGCAGCAGUCACAACCACCAGCAUCAUCACAGUGACAGAAAGCCCAGCAACACCCUCACCUUCAACGCCUUCAUCCUCAGCAACCCCCAACUGUACACCCACAGACAAGGCGAAGCUACAGGUGCCGGCUCCUGUUUCUAUUGUAGGAGGCCGAGCGGCUGAACCAGUCAAAGUCAAAGGCUGGGGUCGCUUCAAGGAGUCCAUGGCCAAAGCCGACAACUGGAACAAAGUGUCAAAAGCCGAAUCCAUGGAGACUUUACCUGAACGGACCAAGGUGCACGAGUCACAGAUGUCUCUAAAGAAGACAGACUCAUGUGACAGCGGUAUCACCAAAAGUGACCUGCGCCUGGACAAAGUGGGCGAGUUCCGCAUGACGCCGCAGGACCGCAGUCCUGUCCAGCCUCCGGAGACCAGGCACCCCUUCUACCCCAUCCCAGAGCAGUCACUCCAGGCCUCGCUUCAGGAGCUCAAGCUGGAGCUGAAGGACGACCUCAAGAACCUGAACGUUCGAAUGUCCGGCCUGGAGGCUCAACUCACAGAAGCACUUCAACUCCUCAAAGCCAGGAGAUUGAGCUCUGGCUCUCCGCAGCCCCUUUUUGACGUUUCUAGACCUGCAUCACCAGAACUUGACAAAGAGGACAUCUUCUCUUGAAAGAUGCAAGUUUAACACAUCAGGUUUACUGUGAACUCAGCUGGAAUCCAGUAGUAUCCAGAUUACUUGGAUAGCUGAGGCUGCACUGGCCACACCAUUUAGAUUAGGCAACAGUGCACUCUUUAAGAGGCACUGCCUUUAUCGUAGGGGUGUAGCUGUCAGUUAGCAAGGGAACGUCAUGUUGAGAAGUCGAGGUCGUAGCGCAGAUUUUGUUGUCGUAACACUGAACACUCAGAGGUUACAAAAACACUGACAGCUCUAUGUUUGUACAUAAGUUUGAUUUAUUUUUCCAUCAGACUUUAGUGGAAAAAUAGCUCGAGCCGUUUGAUUUUAUCUCGAUUUUGAGACUGACAGAAGAACACAGUCGUGUCUCUGUUGGGAAGAGAAUAGAAGCAGCAUGUCCCAGUGGUUUGUUAUUGAAUCAUUUGUAUGAGAUUCUUUGCAUGUCACAUAUAAUAGACGUGUGUCUCCAAUGGCAGAUGGUGCAUUUUUGAUUGAGGCCACACAGUGAGUCGUUUGCAUUAGUUCACCAUGACAGUCCUUCCAGAUGUCGAAACAGUCUCAGAGUGAUUUCCUCAAGCAAUUGAUGAAGUCUUCUUAUUAUAUCAACUGCCAGGGUUAUUAUGAAUAAUACAACACAUUACUCUGGCCCAGCAUCUUUCAUCAGAGCUUAUAAUUCCCAUAAACCAUGGAUAGAUGGGCCUGAUGAAAAGGCGGCAGUGAGCAAGACAUCCAUCUUCUCUGAUAUCUAUAGUUGUUAUUCUCAUGUAGAGACACUGCAGUCACACAUGAUACAUAUAUAUUGUACGCGAGCCGUGCAUUUUUAGCUUUGGUGAUGCAUAAUCAGGUGAUCCAGAUGAUA